GAAAGCUAGAUGAUAGUUAAUAAUGUGCCUAUAUGAAAGAUUAGAUAGAAGUAACUUACAUUUCUAUAGGUAAAAUUAAAAUAAAUAAUUAAAGUUAUUAGGAAGUGAUUCAAAAUUGGAUAGAGUUGAUCAAUUCAAGUCAAAUCAAAUAAUUAUUUAUGAAGGAGGUUUAACCAAAGUUCCAUAAGUUAAUUUACCAAUAGUUAUUUUAGUAUACUGAGCUUAAGUUAUUCGAGAGGAGAUAUUAAUAAAUCUAACUUUCCAUAGGGUAGAUUUUAAAGGAAAUUACAAGCUUUCUUAAAGCUAGAUUUAUAUAAUUUAGUCAAGAGUUGGGGCACAUUUUAACAUUUUUUAGUUGGAAUCGAGGGACUAUUAAGGGAGGUAGCGAGAAAGUUUGAAAUAACUAGAAUUUUUAGAUGUUAGCAAGUUUAUGUAG